AUGGAAGCCGGAAGAGCUUAUGAAAAGCGAACUGAUGAAACAGUACCUGUAGCAGAAGAGUAUCCUCUUUCUACUGACGCGUCUGCUACGAAGGCCCAAGAGUCUGAUUUGCCCUCAGAGGAUCAAGAAUAUCGUACAGUGAAGAAAACCGUGACCACAAUAACAACCACUCGUUAUGUGGAACUGCCUGACGCGGCAACGAAGGUAGAAGAUGAGGUGAAGCCAAGUGAUUUACAACCAGAAGAAGUGAGCGAACUUAUAGAGGAAAUUCCAGCGGUGACGAAAACUGUCACCACAGUCACUACAACACGUUUGAUAGAAAUACCUGAGGCUCCUUGCCAGGAACCUCUCACAUCACUCGCAACAAGAGUGACAACUGAGAAACCAGCGGAUGAAGAAAUUUUCCCAGCACCAGUAACAGAAACAAAGACAACGAGCAUGGAACAACGCCAAGGUUGGGAACAUGGUGAUGUUCCAAGACAAGCCGACUUCCCGGAGAAUCGCGGUGUAUAUGAAGAAUACCCAGACGCUGAAGAAACCACAAUUACUACCGCUCGUUACGGGAUAAGGGAAAGUGUGGACGAUAUCGCGCGCCACAAGGAAGACGAGAGUCAGAAGACAGUGUACUACCCUCCUCGAGCGGAAGCACAAGAAGAAUAUCCACCUGUAACCGAAACUGUGACAACCACAAUACAUUACGAAAUUACAAAGAAACCAGAAGAAUCACCGGUAAGCGUUCUGGAGCAGGAAAAAUACCAAACUGUAACUGAAAAGGAUGGCACAGUCCCGCACUUCGAGCAGGAGAGGUCUGAGGAAUUAGGAAAAGAAAUUGAAGCAGAACUGAAGAAGGCUCCAGAGUCUCCCAUAUCAACAGCUGAACUUGAAGAAUAUCCACCCGUCACCGCAUUUGAACGUGAGGAAUAUCCGAUCGUAACGGAAACUGUCACAACAACGACGCUAUACGAAAUGGAGAGUCCGGAAGAAUUCGAGAAGCGAAUCGAAGCAGAAGUUCCGAAAGCUCCAGAUUGGCAGGAAUUAGAUGGGAUCACAGUUUGCUCAUGUGCAUGGAGUACCUCG